GCUGCGCUACUGAUAAAUGGCUCCUUUUGAGCUUCCUUAUACUCCUCCUAGGGCUUCGGGUGUUUUUAAGCGUGUAUUUACACAUAUAUAUACACACACUUAAAUUUAGGGUUCUCCUGGAGAUAGCGCGUCCAUGAGGUCGCUUCAUGCUCAGAAGCUGCUCAUUCAGCGGCGGCUCCAGCCCUGCGCUCUCCCCCGGGAAGAUUCGAGCUGCGGGGACCUCAGCCCGGCCAGAGGAUCCCCCCCGAAAGGGGUGCAGGCCGAGCGGCCGGGUGCCACGUUAACGCUACGGAAGCUGCCCGACGGAAGGGGUGGCCGUGGCGGCGGUGCUGCCCGCCCCUCUGCCCGGCCCCGGCGGAGCAGGAGGGCGAUGGCGGCAGCACCGGAGCUGCAGCAAGCACUGGCGCAGCGGCUGCGGGACUUGGGCAUCGCCACGGUCACCGCUGAGCACCCCCAGGUGUUCACUGUUGAAGAAAUGAUGCCCCAUGUUCAACACAUGAAAGGAGGUCACAGUAAAAACCUUUUUCUUAAAGACAAAAAGAAGAAAGGGUUCUGGCUGGUGACUGUUCUGCACAACAGGCAAAUCAAUUUAAAUGAUCUUGCUAAAAAACUGGGUGUUGGAAGUGGAAACCUAAGAUUUGCCGAUGAAAAUGCUAUGCUGGAAAAGCUAAAAGUAGGCCAGGGCUGUGUGACACCGCUAGCCCUCUUCUGUGACCAGGGAGACGUGAGGUUUGUGCUGGAUGCCAGCUUUCUGGAAGGUGGUCACGAAAAGGUGUAUUUUCACCCAAUGACAAAUUCUGCAACCAUGGGCUUAAGCCCUGAUGACUUUUUGAAGUUUGUGAGGUCAACAGGCCACGAUCCCAUCAUCGUACACUUUGAUGAAGACAUCAAGUAGAUAAAGGCAUAGACUUUGUAGAGCAAAAAACCAAAAACCACCAGGCUUACUCCUCCUUUAUUUUUUUUCAGUUGUGUAAGUUUAUAUUAUAUAAUCUGGUGAGAAAAAAUACCAUCUUCGGGUUAUUGAAAGUUUAACAGAAUAUUCUUAAAAAGACAAGACAUGUUUGCAAUCUACUGCUAUGUAACCAGUAAGUGGAGAUGGUGUUACUGAAGUAAUGUUACCCUGUUUAUUAAUAAAAAUGGAUAAAGCUGGAAA